AUGGAGAAGAUGUCCCUACAUCCCGUCCCGCACAACCCGGGUUUCGUGCCGGCUGCCAGGCACGGAGUGCUGAAGUCUCUGCUGGAGAACCCGAUGAAGCUCCCUCUGCAUCAUGAAGCUUUCAGUAAGGAGCAGGAGAAGGAGAAGAACCUGGAGGAGGAGCGCAGUGUCCCCCAGUCGGCCUUCCUGGGCCCGACGCUGUGGGACAAGACGCUGCCCUACGACGGAGACUCCUUCCAGCUGGAGUACAUGGACCUGGAAGAGUUCCUGUCUGAGAACGGCAUCUCCUCCAACGCCCCGCAGCACCACCACAGCCAGCACCAACCGCACGCCCCCCCACGCCGGCCGCCGGUCCUGUCCCCAGCCCCGCCCACGCCGACGCCCUCGGUGAUGGACCUCAGCAACCACGCCUCCACAUCCAUUCACACCGGCGUCGUCUCUCUGAACUGUCUGCAUGGCAGCCCGGCGAGAGCAGGCCUUCCAAACUCCAGAAACACUCCGAGCCCCAUCGACCCGGACUCCAUCCAGGUUCCCGUCGGGUAUGAGCCCGACCCGGCCGACCUGGCUCUGUCCAGCGUGCCGGGUCAGGAGAUGUUCGACCCACGCAAACGCAAGUUCUCGGCCGAGGAGCUGAAACCGCAGCCGAUGAUCAAGAAAGCUCGCAAGAUCUUCAUCCCAGAGGACCUGAAGGACCACAAAUACUGGGCCAGGCGCAGGAAGAACAACGUGGCGGCCAAAAGGUCGCGUGACGCCCGGCGGCUCAAAGAGAACCAGAUCGCCAUCCGGGCCUCCUUCCUGGAGAAGGAGAACUCGGCUCUGAGGCACGAGGUGGCCGAGCUGAGGAAAGAGCUAGGACGCACCAAGAACGUCCUGGCCAAGUACGAGGCCAGGCACGGGCCGCUGUGAGGACAUAUAUAAAUAUAUGAAUAUAUGAAUAUAUAAAUAUACACAACAAAUACUCCUCCGGAUCCACCAGCGACCCUCCUUUCACUU